CAGCGGGCGCCAUUUUGUGUGGCUCGCGAAAAGGCGGCCGGGGGACGGAGGCAGUCGCGGUGCCGCCAGUGGUCACCCACCGCCCGGCGGGAGAGGACUGGACUGGGCGGGAAAAUAUAAAGAACUAAAGAUGUGGGAUCAAGGUGGGCAGCCUUGGCAACAGUGGCCUUUGAAUCAACAGCAGUGGAUGCAGUCCUUUCAGCACCAGCAAGAUCCAAGCCAAAUAGACUGGGCUGCAUUAGCUCAAGCAUGGAUUGCACAGCGGGAAGCAUCGGGUCAGCAGGGUGUAGUGGAUCAACAAGGGAUGGUGCCAAAUGGCCAGGAGAUGCAAGGAAUGGAGCCAGGCCCAAACAACCAUGGUAACUUUCAAAGUGAUCCAAACUUCAACAGAAUGUGGCAGCCAGAAUGGAGCAUGCCUCACCAACCCCCUCAUCCACCUCCAGAUCAACCAUGGAUUCCUCCAGCCCCAGGGCCAAUGGAUAUUGUUCCUCCAUCAGAAGACAGUAACAGUCAGGACAGUGGGGAAUUUGCCCCUGACAACAGGCAUAUGUUUAACCAGAAUAAUCACAACUUUGGGGGACCACCACCUGAUAACUUUGCAAUGGGGCCAGUGAACCAGUUUGACUAUCAGCAUGGGGCAACUUUUGGUCCACCCCAAGGUGGGUUUCAUCCGCCUUACUGGCAGCCUGGUCCACCAGGGCCCCCAGGGCCUCCAGCACCUCCUGCUCCCCCGCAAAAUAGAAGGGAACGGCCAGCAUUCAGAGAUCGCCAGCGUUCUCCCAUCACUUUGCCUGUAAAGCAGGAGCCUCCUCAGAUCGAUGCAGUUAAACGCCGAACUCUACCUGCUUGGAUACGUGAGGGCUUAGAAAAGAUGGAGAGAGAAAAACAGAAGAAAUUGGAGAAAGAGAGAAUGGAACAGCAACGUUCUCAGCUAUCUAAAAAAGAAAAGAAGGAACGUUCAGAGCCAGGAGAAGAGGGUGGGCCUCGGUUACCCCAGAAAAGUAAAUUUGAUAGUGACGAGGAAGAUGAAGAUCUUGAUAAUGUAGAGGCUACAAGUAGCGGGAAAGUCAGCAGGAGUCCCUCUCCGGCUCCUGAAGAGGAGCAAAGUGAACCAGAAAUGACUGAGGAAGAAAAGGAGUUUCAGCUGAUGUUGCUGACAAAAAUGCUGCUGACAGAAAUUCUCCUUGAUGUUACAAAUGAAGAAAUUUAUUAUGUGGCUAAAGAUGUUCACCGUAAAGCAAUAAAAGCUCCUGCAAAACAGCUGGCACAGUCCAGUGCGUUGGCUUCCCUCACUGGACUUGGUGGACUGGGUGGUUAUGGAUCAGGAGACAGUGACGAGGAGAGGAGCGACAGAGGCUCUGAGUCAUCUGAUACAGAUGAUGAGGAACUGCGACACAGGAUCAGGCAAAAACAAGAGGCAUUUUGGAGGAAGGAGAGGGAACAACAACUAUUGCUCGAGAAACAGCUGGAAGAAGAAAAACUCCAAAAUGAGAAAUUUGCAAAAGAGAUGAGUGAACUUGCCAGUAAGGAGCAAAACAUCAAUUCACCACCAGAGGAUGCAAAAGAAGUAGAAGAGGAGGAUGUGUUUAGUGAAAAGAAAAAAUCUCCCAAGGAAAGAACACCAGAUACUGAACCAAAAAAAGAGAUUAAUAAAGAAAAAGAGAAAACAAGGAGGAGUAGGUCAAAAAGUUCAAGCAGUGGUAGCUCAAGUGCCAAUAGCAGAAGCAGCAGUAGUAGCAGUAGCAGCACAGCUUCUAGUUCCUCCUACAGUAGUAGCUCCGGAAGCAGCCGCAGCUCUUCACAUUCUUCCUCCCCUAAACGGAAAAAGAGGCGUAGUCGCAGCAGGUCCCCUUCGCAUAAGGUUAGGCGUAGCAGAAGUAGGAGCUAUUCCCAUAGAAACCGGAGAGAGAGGAGUAGGAGCAGGGGCAAGGUAAGAGAGAGGCGCAGGUCUAGUAAGCACAGGAGCGCAGAACGGGGGGAAAGGAGAAGGAACCGUAGCCCUUCCCUUGACCGAAACUGGGAAAGGCGUAGAAGCGAUAGCCAUUCAAGGGACAGGCUUGCUAGUCAUUCCACUCGCAGUGGAAGUCGAGAUAGACGUAGAAGUGAGGACCAGCAUAGAAAUGUAAGUGGCAACAGGCACAAACACAGUCAUGAUAGUAAGGCUCAGGAAAGAAAGAAGGAACGCAGCAGGAGCACAGAAAAGGAUAAAAAAAAGAACCGAGAAAAGGACAGGGACUCUGAGAAACGCAAAGAGAAACAGAGAAAAGAAGAAAAAGACAGUAAAGCGAGCAACCAUGAUGAGAGAUUAAAGAGGAAAAGGGAUAGUGAAAGAGCUCUGUCUAGCAGCAAUUCAGUAUCUUCAAAAUUGUUAAGGCACAAUUCUAGGCAGGAAAGCAAGAGACGUUCUACCAAAGAUAGCAAAAAGCGUUCAGGUUCAGAAUCUAGCACACGAAGCAGUUCGGAGUCACCAGGAAGCAGCAAAGAAAAGAAGCCUAAGAAAUCAAAGCAUAGUCGAUCACGGUCCGUGGAGAAAUCUCAAAGGUCUGGUAAGAAGGCAAGCCGCAAACACAAGUCUAAAUCACGAUCAAGAUCAGUGACUCCUCCUCGUCGUAAACGCUGAGGAAUGAUAUGGCACUAGUCAUAUGAUUUAAAAAUUCCAUGAGUUUUAAAGGGCUUGUCUCAUUAUAGAGGCUCAUUAUAGAAGCUACUAUUGUGGCUGUGUAGGUGAAAACUGAACCCCUUUUUAAAAGAAUAUCUGUAAAUAGCUGUAUUUUUUUUUGAAAUCUGCUCGGAGUUAAGUACGUGCUAGGAUUUCCUUGUAUUUACAUUUUUUUUAGAACAGUAGUGCUUACUAAGACUAUAAAAUAUGCCAUUCUCUUUCAGCUGUAAUGUUCUUAAAAUUGCUAUUGAAUGUACUGUGAUGUCAAUAAAGUUCUUUAGUUCAUUUUUGUUUAAA